CUUGUUUAGAGCCCCCGCACACUGGCCACUUAGUGGCGGCCACGCUUCAGCCACUAGUGGCCGCCACAACCUGCGGACGCGUUUCUUCAUACAUUUUAUAUAGAAUCGGCGCACACUGAGCGCUUGAGUGGCCGCGUCCGAGCCACAAGCUGCGAGAGUCGAGCGCGCUCGCUACUUGUGGCUGCGUUUUGUCGUUCGACUCGUGCGCAUACACGGCCACAGUUGCCGGCUUCUUCCCACCCCUGCGCGCCGCUCCCCAAUCCCGUCUCCCGGGUCUAGUCUUGUUGUAAGCUGCGUACUGAAUGCACGUGCAUGAUGUCCACGGAUCCGAUUCCUCAUUUUGAUGUAGACGCUUUUAUUUCCGAUGUCGAAGAGCGACCCGCUAUUUGGGAUUUAAAGUCAGAUUUGUAUAGCGACAGGGGUAAGAAAACUGAAGCUUGGGAGGAAUUGUGCCUAAAAUUUAUUCCAAAUUUUAGUGAAAAAAAUGUAGCGGAAAAAAACAAAGCAGCAUCCCAGUUGCAGCGAAAAUGGAAAAGCCUUCGUGACUGUUUCAAAAGAGAACACUCUAAACAAAUGAGCGUUAAAAGUGGAUCUGCAUCAUCGAGUCGCAAGCCGUAUAUAUAUUAUCAACAACUAUCUUUUUUAAAAAACUUGGCUGACACACGACGUGAUCCCAGCCCAUUACCGAACGAGGUACACGAUGCGACUGAGAGAAAAAGGCCAAAAAAGAACAAGACAAAUAAUGAAGACAUUCAAGCAGAAACUGAUAUACUUGUUAGUAUUUCAGAACAAUUACAAUCUCGUCAUUCUAACAAGCAUGAAGAAGACGCUGACCAUAACUUUGCUUUGUCCUUGGUCCCGCACUUUAAACAAAUACCCAAUGAAUUUAAAUUGGAUGCUCAAACCGAUGUAUUGAUGGUACUAAAAAAAUAUAAACAGUAUAUGCGAACAUCACAGAAUCAACAACAUGGAUAUUUCACAUCAUCAUUUCAGGAACCACGCUCAUACCAUACUAUGCAACCAUCUACUUCGGGUUAUCAACCGACUCCGCGUCCAUCUGCUUUGGGAUAUCAAUCGGCUUCGCGUCCACCUUCUAUGGGAUAUCAAUCAAAUUUUGAGCAUGACUUUUCCGUUAGCUCGCCAUCUGCAUCUGAUAAUACUAUGAAUUCUGUUUUGUCAGAUGAUAUAAAUGAACAUCUUUUUGACAACUGACUAUGUAAAAGUAAAUGUGUAUUUGUUAUAAAAACUGUAUAUCUGCGAUAUGUAACUUGAUUUAGUUUGCGAUUUUUCAAUUCUCAUUAAUAAAUAAUUUCUAUUUCAA